CCGGAACUAUACAUGCGAGAGGCGCUUCCUGUCGGUACUUUUAUUGGACGGACGCAUUUCCGCCUCUGACGUGGUCCCGGUGUGGAGAGAAAAAUCAAGCGAGUUUCAGUUUCGCCUCAGCUGGUAUUUCACCGUUUUACAGCUGUCGGGUGUCAGUGUCACUUCGAAGUGUCUUUCUGGUCCACCUCGUCUGCCUCUUGGCGGGUUCUGCGUGCGCUUUGCCGCAGUUCUUACCCUGUUUGGGUCCGUUUUUCCUCGGGCGGGAGGAGGACAGGAGGACGCGGGUUCGUGGUCUCCUGGAUUUAACAGAUAAAUAACAGCGACGUCAUUCCAGGAUUCCCUGUGCUCGUACUGUAGUUUCCUUCAGUUACCAGUGAAGCCACCAUGAAACUCUACAGCCUCAGUGUCUUUUACAAAGGGACAACAAAGUCCAACCUCCUGAAAGCAGCGUAUGACCUCUCCUCCUUCAGCUUCUUCCAAAGAUCCAGUGUGCAGGAGUUCAUGACAUUCACAAGUUCCCUGAUUGUAGAACGCUCCUCACAAGGGACACGGGCCUCUGUCAAAGAGCAAGAGUACUUGUGCCAUGUGUAUGUGAGGAACGACUCGCUCAGUGCAGUGGUGAUUGCUGACAACGAGUAUCCAUCUCGGGUGUGCUUUACAUUACUGGACAAGGUUCUGGAUGAUUUCUCCAACAAAGUUGACAGGAUAGACUGGCCUUCUGGGUCUCCGGCCACUAUCCAGUACACUGCCCUGGAUGCCUAUCUUGCCAAGUACCAGAACCCCCGGGAGGCUGAUGCCAUGAGCAAAGUGCAAGCGGAACUGGAUGAAACCAAAAUCAUUUUGCACAACACAAUGGAAUCGCUCUUGGAGCGGGGUGAGAAGCUGGAUGAUCUGGUGCAGAAGUCGGAGCAUCUUGGAAACCAGUCAAAAGCCUUUUACAAAACUGCACGGAAGCAGAACUCUUGCUGUCAGGUGAUGUGACAGAGAUGGACAGUUCUGCCGAAGCCCCCGAUCCUCCAACCCAGCACACGCCUGAACCCCGACAGCUGGCAUGUAGAAGGGCGCUUUUGGGUGGGCUGGAUCCAACCUUUCGCAGGAACUGGUGACGCGCUGAAGAGCUAGGGGAAUUGGGGAUAGGGGUAGAAAGACAAAACGUCAGAAAAGGGUCCCGAGGCAUUUAAAGUUCUCUAAGAAAUAGUGUUGUGGGUUCACCAAAAGAAUUGUUAAUUUGGGGUUUUAAGGUAAAUGUUUUCAACAGUCAGUGUUUAAUUAUACCACAUGUGCUGCUGUUUAAGUAGAAACAAGCCAAUUCUGCAUCACUUUAACUACCUGAAGAAUUUUGCGUUAUGAAAAAAGAAAGUUGUUCGACCAAGGGGAGCUUGAUCUUGGCUGGUACUACCGUGUCAUUUCGUUUCAGGUGUGGUGAAAAGGAACCGAAACUUGUGGUGUUCACGUUCAAAAGACAUUAAUUUCUAUAAGUGGUGCCGCUGCUUAACUGUGCUUGUUAACAUGAUGUAGGGCAAGCAGUUGUUCUGACAUAAGUCUCGCACACACGCAUUGCCAAGGGUGUCUUUAAUUGACCUGCUGGAGCCACACGAUGGAGCCAUAGUCUCACUGCCUUUUUCCACUUCCCAGUGUCACCACUCUAGUUUUGUUCCCUUUUGGCUGCAAGCCACCGUACUUUUUUUUUUUUUUUUUUUUUGCGCAGUGGAAAAUGAGGACCUCUGCAUCAUGUCAGCCUGCUUUUUAAACAUCUUACCAAAUGUCUGCUAUUAGCUUAGUUCUUGGAAAUGAUACAUGGGCUGGGAUUUGCAGCUAAACCUUUGACGGUGAAAGCAUAAGAUGACUUUAGACAUGGAUGGUGUUUGGAAUUUACGGUCAAGCUGACUGUGACCUUUUUGGAUAUUAGUCACCUAUGAAUAUCAAGUCCAACAGUCUGAGAAAUGAUUUUAGAAACUGUUCUUAAGAGGAACAAUUUUUGAAUUGAGAAAAAGAAGAAUUAUACAGCUUUUUUGCAGUGGGGUUGGAUACUGUGUUAGGUUGACUUUGCUACUUGAACACUCCAAACUACGUUACCGGUCUUAGUAGCAUAAUAAACAGGAUUAAAGAUUUUUGCACUUUGUACAGAAGUAUAUUGCAAGUCUUUACUGUAACGGAAUGACAGGUCUGCUCAUUGUUCAUGAGCCAAUUGAAUGUCUUCAUGUAGAAAAUUGUCCAGCUUUCCAGUAAUUUAAAGUUUAUUAAAUGCUGAAAUUUUUUUUUUUUUGUAUAACUGCUGCCUAUGUUUUCAAGUAGAGCUCUUGCACUUACCAACCACCAACUGCAGAGGGUAUAAAUCGGGACCGUUUUGGCUGUUGUUAGUGUGCCAUGUAUGUUUGGAUUGUGCAGUGUCUGCAUUAGCUCUGGAGUGUCUGUCUGCAGUGUUUAGUACCAUGCGCCAGUUUUCUGUAAACUACCUAGGUUCCCGUCAGACCAGUUUACAUCACCAGAAACACCACUGCUCUGCUUAUAAUCUGUAUUUAACUGUGGUGCACGCACCCUGCACUACACACACUGUAAAGAUCAAAAUAGUCUUGUUGUUCCUGUGAUGUUGCUACUGAAGGUUCAUGGGCUAAAUGUACUGAAUUAAUAUAAUUGCUGCAUUUAUAAUGUGUAUUGUCAAGGAAAAAAGGCUAUUUAAUGAUCUGAUUCAAAAUAACACAGAAUCCUACUAGUGUGCAAGUUUGUCGUGGAGAAUAUUUUGUACAGCAGACUCAUGUUUGGUGUGCCUUCAAUGUAGGUGUCAUAGUUCUCUCUGCUGUGUGUGUGUGUGUGUGUGUGUGUGGUUUUUCUCUUCCAGGCCUGUGAGUUUCCUUUGACUUUUGUGGGGACUCACUUGAUUCAGUCUUCAUUGCUGUACAGAGCUGUCUGUGUUCUUUCUGUGCAGAAAAGUUUCAGUCUCUCCACUAAGUUGUGUUGUAAACUUGAGAACUCACUAAUAAUGCCCUUAAAGUGUUUGUGUGCACAAGGUUCACUUCUUUAUUGUGUAAAUGAAUGUGGGAUGACUGAGUUGGUUCUUCAGAAUUAAAGAAAAUAUCAAAGGUUUCAUUACGGUGUGUCAGUACAGUUCACCUGCACAUAACCAGACCUCAGGUGCCCAGAUUUUGGAAUGUACAUCACAAUAUUUGUUAUAUUAAAAAAAAAAAAAAAAAAAAAAAAAGUAGCUUGGUAAUUAAUAGAAACCAAAUUGUUAAAAAUGCCAAAUACUUAAUUUAAGCAUAUAUCUCUUGAGUGCAUACCAUGAGAAUUUUGGGUCAUAUUUUGUGCACCACCCUCAUACGAUCAUUUGGUCUUUUUUCUCCUUAGUAGUAGGACAUUGUGUAAAAUGAAACAUAAUUUGAUAAAUAUUUCACAUGAUUGGCAUACAAGUCUAAAUACAAGACACUAUUUUGUUAAAUCAUGUAUAAAUAAGAUUAGUUUGUGUCAAAGUGGGGGGGAAAAAAAUAAUAUGUGAUACAUUGGAACAACUGGUUAAUUGCAUCACUGGACACCCCCUGCCCCAUCCCCCCAUUUGUCCGGUCACGUGAAUAUGAACUGUACACUGGCCUCUUUAUUGAAUGCUGUGAUAUCGGAUGGUGUUGUUCUCCUUACACAUUCUGUUCCCGCUGUUGAUUCUGCCUUCCUCUUGAUUGCGGCAGUUCUGUGCAGAAUUAUGAGUCACAUUUGAGACAAACUUUAAUGGGACAUGUAACAUUUAGCCUUAUUUCUGUUCUAAAAAUGUAUUUGUUUAAGCUUAGUUAUUACAUAUGAUCAAUUUAAUUUGUGUGACCUUUAGGUAUUUAUUCUGUGUAUAUGUGAUCCAGGUGGACUGUGGAUUUCUGUAAUAUUUUCUUUUUUUUGGUGGAACCUGGUAUUUUGUACAUUUAAAAGGCACCACAGCCACAAAUUUGGCCCUAAGCAUUACUUUCCAAUGGGCACAAAUUUAGAUUUCUUAACUGAGGACAUAAUAGAUAGAUGUGUCUCAGCCCCGAAUCAGGAAAAUCGGCCAUGACGGUAUGGUUAUUGAUUAUUGUUCAUGAUGGGAGAUGCACAAGCCACUGAAGUAAACUCUACUGAAUUACUCUCCCUGCACUCCUAUACGCUGAAAAAAAACUGAGUCGUGUUGGAAAAUGUUUUCUUAAGUGUGUAAGUUUCUGAAACUGAAGUAUAUAUUCUUGAAUAAUCAAAUUCAUUUGUCUCAAUUGUUUUACACAUAUAUUUCUGUAUGUGGCUUACUGCAAAAUGACAUUUU